CGCCCAGGGCGGCGGGCGGUGCAGGCGUCCCUGCGGAAAUAUCCUUGUGGACUUUGUUGAUACAUCGCUCCUUUGUUUACACUUUCUGUAUUUUCAAAAUUGUCUGCGAUCGGGAAGCAAAGCAAAACUUGAUUCCUCUUUUGUUGGUUCUGGGGAAGUUUCAGGAGCAGCUCUGCUGGUUAGAAACUUGGCAUUGGUACUGCUGUGGGACCCCCAGAGUCCCGAGUCCUUGGUGUCCCCGGAGCUGAGGAGCCGUGAGUCUGGUCAGCCUGGCCUGGAUGCCAAGGAAGAUGCCAGAAGCGCAGUGACCGAGGCCUGGGGUGGAGCCGGCAGGCACCGCGGUGCCCAUGGACCUGCAGGCCGAGGGGCCCCCUCUCCAGCCCCGCCUGCCGGGUUCAGAGCGGCCAGAGGCCUAGGCCCACAGGGAGGGUGUCGGCACACAGAUGCCCUCCAGGCCCUGGGCUCUCCUGAGUGGGCUUCCCGGGCAGGUGUGCCAGGGGCAGAGCAUGCCGGCCAAGGGGCGCUACUUCCUCAAUGAGGGCGAGGAGGGCCCGGACCACGAUGCCCUGUACGAGAAGUACCGCCUCACCAGCCAGCAUGGGCCGCUGCUGCUCACACUCCUGCUGGUGGUCAUCGUGGCCUGCAUCGCCCUCAUCAUCAUCAUUUUCAGCUACGGGGACCUCUCCGGACAGCAGGCCGUGCUGGUGACGGCGUUCCUGGCGCUUGCCGUGUUCGCGGUGCUGUACGUGCUGGUGUACGUCGAGUGCCUGGUCCAACGGUGGCUCCGGACCUCGGCGCUGCUCAUCUGGGCCUGCCUGGUGACGCUGGGCUACGUGCUGGUGUUCGACGCGUGGACGAAGGCGGCCUGUGCGUGGGAGCAGGUGCCCUUCUUCCUGUUCAUCGUCUUCGUGGUGUACACGCUGUUGCCCUUCACCAUGCGGGGCGCCGUCGCGGUCGGGGUCGUCUCCAGCGUGUCCCACCUCCUGGUGCUUGGCACGCUGAUGGGGGUCUCCUCAUCACCCAGCGCCUGGGUGUGGCUGCAGGUGAGGGGCUCUGGGGGUCUGGGUGGGGUGCAGGCCAACGAGUGCAUGCGCAUCAAGAUCCUGGGGGACUGCUACUACUGCGUGUCGGGCCUGCCCGUGUCCCUGCCCACCCACGCCCGCAACUGUGUGAAGAUGGGGCUGGACAUGUGUGAGGCCAUUAAGCAGGUGCGGGAGGCCACGGGCGUGGACAUCAGCAUGCGUGUGGGCAUACACUCGGGGAACGUGCUGUGUGGUGUCAUCGGGCUGCGCAAGUGGCAGUACGACGUGUGGUCCCACGACGUGUCCCUGGCCAACAGGAUGGAGGCGGCUGGAGUGCCCGGGCGGGUGCAUAUCACAGAGGCCACCCUGAACCACCUGGACAAGGCGUACGAGGUGGAGGAUGGGCACGGGCAGCAGCGGGACCCCUACCUGAAGGAGAUGAACAUCCAAACCUACCUGGUCAUCGACCCCCGGGGGUGGUCCCACACCCCCACACCUGCCCGUGUGUCCGAGGCACUAGGCCGAGACCGGAUGGCUGACAGUCUCUCCCCCUCCCUCCAGGCCAUCCCGCUGCGGCGCCACCGCACCCCCGACAGAAGUGCGUCCCCCAAGGGGCGGUCGGAGGACAACGCCUAUGACGACGAGAUGCUGUCAGCCAUCGAGGGGCUCAGCUCCACGAGGCCCUGCUGCUCCAAGUCUGAUGACUUUUACACCUUCGGGCCCAUCUUCCUGGAGAAGGGCUUCGAGCGAGAGUACCGCCUGGCGCCCAUCCCCCGGGUCCGCCACUACUUCGCCUGCGCCAGCCUCGUCUUCGUCUGCCUCCUGCUGGUCCACGUCCUGCUCCUGCCCAGGACGGUGGCUCUGGGGGUGUCCUUUGGGCUGGCGGCCUGCGCGCUGGGGCUGGUGCUGGGCCUGUGUUUCGCCGACGAGUUGCUGGUGAGUGGGGAGCCCCCGGGCAUUGGGGCUGAGGAGACCGUGGGCAGCCUGCUCAUCGUCGCCAUCGUCAACAUGCCCUUGCUGCCCUCCCCAGCCCUGGGGCUGCCAGCUGGGAACCAGACCGACCUGAGCAGCCGGGAGAGGAACCCCUGGACCUCCUGCGAGCUCCUCCCGUAUCACACCUGCAGCUGCGUCCUGGCUUUGGUCGCCUGUUCCGUCUUCCUGAGGAUGAGCCUGGAGCUGAAGGUGGUGCUGCUGACGGCGGCCUUGGUGGCCUACCUGCUGCUCUUCCACCUCUCCCUGUGUGCGCAGUGGGACUGCUGCGGCCCCGGCCUGCGCAACCACACCGAGACCAACGCCACCCUCAGCUCCCCCGCCUGCUCCUGGUCGUAUCUGAAGACCAUGAUCAGCUUCUACCUGGUUCUGUUCUACGCCACCCUCAUCUUGCUCUCCCGACAGAUCGACUAUUACUGCCGCCUGGACUGUCUGUGGAAGAAGAAGUUCAAGAAGGAGCACGAGGAGUUUGAGACCAUGGAGAGCGUGAACCGCCUGCUGCUGGAGAACGUGCUGCCGGCCCACGUGGCCGCCCACUUCAUCGGGGACAAGCUGAACGAGGACUGGUACCAUCAGUCCUACGACUGCGUCUGCGUCAUGUUUGCCUCGGUGCCCGAGUUCAAAGUGUUCUACACGGAGUGCGACGUCAACAAGGAGGGGCUGGAGUGCCUGCGCCUGCUCAACGAGAUCAUCGCCGACUUUGAUGAGCUGCUGCUGAAGCCCAAGUUCAGCAGCGUGGAGAAGAUCAAGACCAUUGGCAGCACCUACAUGGCAGCUGCGGGGCUCAGUGUGCCCUCUGGGCAUGAGAACCAGGACCUGGAGCGACAGCACGCCCACAUUGGCAUCAUGGUGGAGUUCAGCAUGGCCCUGAUGAGCAAGCUGGACGGCAUCAACCGGCACUCCUUCAACGCCUUCCGCCUCCGCGUCGGCAUAAACCACGGGCCUGUGAUCGCUGGAGUGAUCGGGGCGCGGAAGCCGCAGUACGACAUCUGGGGAAACACGGUCAACGUUGCCAGCAGAAUGGAGAGCACUGGAGAGCUGGGGAAGAUCCAGGUGACCGAGGAGACGAGCAGCAUCCUCCAGGGCCUCGGAUACUCCUGCGAAUGCCGGGGCCUGAUCAACGUCAAGGGCAAAGGGGAGCUGAGGACCUACUUUGUCUGCACAGACACAGCCAAGUGCCAGGGGCCCGGGCUGAACUGAGGGCUGCUGGGAGGGGCAGGACCUCCCCGAUGCCAGCCAAACCCGUGGAAGAUGCAGCCACAGUCACCAAGGCCGUCCGAGGUGCUGUGUGGGCCUCAGGAGCCUGCAUGAGCGAACUUCUGGGGCACGUGUGCCAGCCCCAGCUUCAGGCAACCGCUGGGCCUGCCCACACCGGGCAGUCGGAACCCGUGCGCUGGUGUGGGGAACGCAGCCCCCCGCCCCAGGAAAAGGCUCCCGAGUUUCAGCUCCUCGUUCAGGUCCCUCUGCUGCUGGCCUGCUAUGGUCUUGACUGACCCCCUUCAUGGCCGGGAGCUGCCCAGCAACCUGUUUUCCAGGCACAGGACGGAGACAAGUAGUUGGCAUGGGCUGGACGCCUUUCGCCCCAGCGACCAGCUACGGCUUCCAUAUUUCUCAUCCAGGUGUU